AUGUGUUCUCUGAAUGACAGUAACUCUGUGGAUGCGGGGGACGUGGCGAGGGAUGAGAGUCUGGCUCGGUUGGAGAUCGCGCUGCUCAGUGUCAUCUUCAUCAGCGCCGCCAUCCUCAACACCUCCCUGCUGCUGGUCCUCUGGAGACAGCGCAAACAGAUGUCCCGGAUGCGCGUCUUUGUCUUCCACCUGUGCCUGGCGGAUCUGGUGGUCGCUUUCUUCCAGGUAUGCCCGCAGCUCAUAUGGGACAUAACAGACAGGUUCGUCGGACCAGACCUGGUGUGCCGCCUGGUGAAGUACCUUCAAGUUCUCGGAAUGUUUUCAUCUACUUACAUGAUCGUUGUGAUGACUGUUGACAGAUACCAAGCUGUCUGCAACCCGAUGGUGAAGUUCCAGCGGACAAGCACGAGACUUAACAUCCCUGUGUGCUUGGCGUGGGGGGUUUCUCUGCUGGGCAGCCUGCCACAGAUCUUUAUUUUCGCACAGGUCGAGGUUGCACAUGGUGUGUUUGACUGCUGGGCCGAUUUUAUCCAGCCGUGGGGGCUACAGACUUACAUAACCUGGACCACGCUGGUCAUUUUUAUUUUGCCUGUUAUUACACUUGUUUUUUGUCAAGUGCGCAUCUGUCGAGUCAUCCAGAUCAACCUGUACCAAAAGACUCAGCAGCAGCGCAACGUGGGGCUGCCUCUGCCCUCCAGAGCCAGCGGUGUGGCCGGCAUGUCCAAGGCCAGGGUGAAGACACUGAAAAUGACGGUGGUCAUCGUGCUGGCUUAUAUUGUCUGCUGGGCUCCUUUCUUCACAGUCCAGCUCUGGUCCGCCUGGGACGCGCAUGCACCAAAAGAAACUGGGACUUUCACCAUCCUGAUGUUGCUCGCCAGUCUCAACAGCUGCGCUAAUCCCUGCAUCUACCUUAUGUUCAGCGGCCACCUCCCGAAGAGGCUGAUGAGACUCAUGUGCCAUCGGCAAUCUGACGGCAGGGAUUCAAUCCACGAAGAGGCGAUGCUGGUCAGCACACUGUAUAUGAGCUUCAAAAAUGUCUCCGAGUUAAAAUGA